AUGCGCUCCGCGCCCAUGUGCGCCCUCCUGAGGAUUGUUGAAACUCGUCAGCGACAACAGGCGUAUCGCCAGAGCUGGUUUAGCUCUUGUAAGGGAAUCGGCAAGAAGAUGAAGGACGAGUGCAAAACAUCUUUGGCUGAAGCCGUCAUUAAUUUCCAAAUUCAGGUAAAACGAAAAGAGAUAGAUGAAUCAAAAGGUGAAAUCAGCCAACUGGAGGUGAUUAAUCAAAGGCUUCUUGAAUUGAGGGAACAACUGAAAGAGGAGCAGAUGGUCCAUGUUACGGAGCUGUGUAAACAGGUCAAAGAGCAAGAGCGGAAGCUGGAGCAGAGGGAGGUGGUGAAUAAAGAGCAGGUGGAACAUGCUCUCCAGGAGAAACUGGAGGUGGCUCAGGGCCAGGAGAAACAACUGUCAGAGCUCCGCGAUGAACUGAAAAAUCUGGAAGAGCAACUCUUGGCCUUGCAAGCUGAGAGACAGAUCUGGCUAGACUACAAAAACGUGGGGAGCCAAGGUCACCAGCGGCAAAUCGAGCAUCUGGAGACUGAGCUGAGUACGCUGCAGACGGUGUUCCAGGAGACCUCAGAAUAUAUUCGGAAAUCUCAUAAGGAAGCUUUGAACGAAAUUGACGAAAACACAACCAAGAUUAUCGAUGAAAAGAUACGUCUGGCCAAAGAGACAGCACUAAAACACCAAGGCAAGUAUAGGCGCCAGGAGGAGCUAGAAAUCAAUGACUUUCUGAAGAAAAAGGUUGCCUUCUAUCAAAAAGAGGUGGCUGUAAUAGAGGUUGCAGUACAGCAAUUGGAGGCAGAAAACUUGGAACACCUAGAAAAGCUCUAUGAUCAUGGCCUGGCUGAUCUCCCAAUCUCCAGGAAGGUCCUCCUCACACGAGUCACAGGGCUGGGACAAAAUGACUCCAGCUGCUUGGAGAGGACCAUGCAGAAAAUCAGCCUAACUGAGUCAUCAGAGCCAGUCAACAUAUCCCCACCCCCCCUCCACCCCGUGGCGGAAGCGCAGCAGGCGAAGAUGCAGGCUUGGAAGCUGGAGGGAGAUGAAAGGGUGAGCAGCUGCGGUCUCUCGGCCCCCGGACCCAGCGCUGAUCCCCCAGAGGACCAGAGCGCUUCGCCGUACGGCCGUCAGACAAACCUUCAAGAGCCCCUGCACCUGGGAGCUCUGGAGAAGAAACUGCUGAGUGUAGUGGGCCAUGCCGUACCCCUCCACAUCACAUCCUCUGAGACCGACGGCCCUGGCAACACGCUUCACACGUCACAGGACGGGGCUCUCACCACCCAAAUCAUCCGCAGCAGGUUUCAGUAG